GCUUAUAUACGUAGAUUGGUUAAAAUCUGACACAAUUUGCUGUAAAUAGUUAUCAUUGAAACAAUAUCCAGCGAAGACAAUAUUAUGUUUAAACUGCCGUCCCCUUCAAGGAAAAAGUUGGUAACAAUUGCUAGCUAAGUAGCACUAACACUAGCUUGGUUUUUUCUGAGUCUAGCAUUGGCCGAUUCAAAACGUAACGUUAGCUGUUCGUGAAGACGUAGCAAUAGCUAUCCUGUCAGCUGUAUAUGGUUAGAUUAUUUCUAACCAACCACAGUAACUAGCCUACGUAUCAACAGCGUUUUUUUACUUUAGCUGCCUAACAUACUUGUUUAAUGUUGAUUUGAGUUACCUAAUAUAUGUUUGUAGACUAGCAUAUCACUCGCUUGGACGUAAGCUAGCUAUAGUUGGCCAGCAAAGGUGUUCGCUAGCAACAGUUGGCUUGGUUGCAGUUGUCAGCAUAACGCUAGCUAACUAAAGAUGAAAAUGGUUUGCUAGAACUCUAUUGUGAGCUAGCUAGCAAUGAUUCUAACAGAUACAAUAUUGAAAUGCAAGACGGAGCCUCUGCCCCCAGAGAGGAGGAAGAGGACAGUGGAGGAUUUCAACAAGUUUUGCAGUUUUGUCCUUUCUUAUGCGGGCUACAUCCCUUCUCCAAAAGAGGAAAGUCCCUGGUCUCCAGCCUCCUCGAGCUCCCCACACAGCUCUGGGACCUCAGGAGAGCUGGGCAGUAGCAGUGUGGGGGCUAGCUGGGGAGAUGGAACCUCAGACCUACAUACUAUCCACACAUUUGUGCGUAAGGCCCGUGCAAACAAAGGCAAGAGUCUGCGACGCCUACACUCGGAGGGCUCCCUGCUAGACAAGAUGCGCCUAAAGGACUCCCUCUAUGAGGGCCAGGCAGGCAGCAAAACGGAUCGGAAAAAGGACAAAAAGCUGAAAAAGUUAUCCCUGGGUGCAGGAGAGGGCAGUGGGGGCAGUAAUGGAGGGGAAAAACGGGCUCGGAUCAAGCGUAGCAAGAACCCCAAACUUCCCAAAUCCUUCAAGAAACUGAAGAGCUCUCCUCGGAGCGAGACGGACUCUGAGACUGGCCCCACCCAGAGGGAGGAGCGCAGUGUAGGGGUUGAGCUCACAGAGCAGUGUGCGCCGCCUCAGGGGGUUGAAUUGACGGAGAGGUUGAAGGAGGAAUCGACCAGGGAGGCAGAGUUGAGCUCGAGCGAGGGAGAGACCUGGAUUGCUGAUGAGGACAUCAUGGUGGAGUCAGGUGAUGACUCCUGGGACUUGAUCACCUGUUACUGUGGGAAGCCUUUUGCUGGUCGUCCCAUGAUUGAGUGCAACCAGUGUGGAGUCUGGGUGCACCUUUCCUGUGCAAAGAUCAAGAAGUCCAAUGUGCCGGACAUCUUUUUUUGCCACAAGUGCAGAGACUGCCGCCUAGACCGACGGUCUGGCCAUAAGAAAGACCCGUAAAUGCAAAAUGUGGGACAGAUGGCACCUCCAUUCAGCACUGUCUUUUCUGUGACAGUCCCAUGUUCUCCAAAAAAUUCCUUUUUCUUGAAACAUUACUCUUGAACUCAACAUAACUGGUUAUCCCUAAACAUUCACAUGGAUGGAAGCUGCAUAGUUGGGUCUAAUUGGUUUGAUCUAAAACUGGUGGUAUACCAAAAGUCACUUUUGUGCAUUUGAUAAGAUUUCUUCUCCAACUAAGCACAGCCAAACUGUUGAAGGUCUGAAUCUGGAAGUAGAUAUUGAUAGAUGGAAUGAAAGCGGAACAUCAACUUUACAACAGAGUGCUUACUCCAGGUAGCAUGUUCGAGCUAGCUGACAAGUGAACCUUUUAGGUUUUAUGGAUAAACUGGUUUUAGUUGUCUUAAGUUAAAUCAGAGUUCUGUAUUGUGGUUACUCAGGCUGUCAUUGGAUAAGGUAUGCCUUUUAGAAUAAAUUUGUGUCCCAUUAGCAGGGUGUAAAAAUGGCCAGAAAAUAUUUAAAGGGCUGCUUUGUUCAAUUAAGUCUUCAUAAGAAAGAUCUGUUUAUGUGUGGUUUCCCUCCAGGACUUGAAUGAGCAGGGCCUCUCUUACCUUCUGUGGUCCUGGAGAAUUGGUCUUGUGUACUCUUCUUGUGCUUUCUGCCUACCUAUUACACACUCCAAAAGCCGCCUUGACAAACAGUUAAGCUGUCGCUAUAGAAAUCUUAUCGUGUCACCUUAAUAAAACCAUGCGGGUAUCUGAAUGGCUUUACGGUUUGCUACAUGCCAACAACGUGAUGUUAGGCUAGUGGAGGGAUGCCUUUUUCAAAUUGUCUUCAGUCAGAUUCUCUGAAUCUGCUUGGCAUGUCUGUGACACAAAUGAAAUCAUUUUUUUAAACACUUAAAUGUUUGUUUCAUGAAUUCAAGUCAAAGCAAGGACUCCGCCCCUGACCUGCCUUUUGUUGCGUGAUGAGCUAGCAUUGUAGCGGUCCACUCUAACUCAUGAUGUGACUUUUAGGGUGUUUGUGGAUUAAGCAACUAGGACUUCCUGCCAUGACGGUAUAUACAGAUCUUUUUUUAUCAGACUAUUAUGUAAGAUCUUCUGUGAUGUGAGCAUCUGCACUUAAAAACCCAAGAUCAGAUUUCUCUUGUGUACAAUGUUCCUGUGUAUUGUGUUUGACGCAACUGCCAUGGGGUUUUCUGUGUUUUUGGUCUGUAAUCCAAUCUGACCCAGACAAUUAUCAGUCCAUUGUAUUUAUUGUUAUGCAUAAUGCCGGUUUUCUCUGCCAUAAAAUGUCACUGCCCACUAGUCAUUUUAUAUUCUUGAGAUGGGUGGAGCAAUAUCAUAUUUUCAAGUCAACCCAAAGUUCCCUCUGCCCAAAAUGAUGCAACUCCAUGACUCCUUUAUGGAGCUCCAUAAAUGUGGGAAUAUGCUACUUGUUUUCUGAAUAGUUUUUGUUUUGUGGUUGCUCAAAGUAACCCUGUAAUUGAAUCACAAUAUUCCUUCAUUUGAAAGAGGAUUCCAGGUUCAAAUUGGCUUUUUUGUGUUAACAAGAAUCCACUGCUGUUGGAGGGCUGUCUGGAUUUUGAGAUGACUGGUUGAAGGGAAGGCCAGGAGGGAUCCUGCUGAUGUUGUGGCUCUUUUAUAAGUUGCUGCAAUUGAUUACUUGAUGGCUGUAAUUUAUUUUUCCCCAUACUUCC